AAUAAUAAAUAAAACGCGCUUCACUUUUAAAGCCGAAGUCUUUUUAUUCUUCCUCCAUUUCAAAACUUCAAAAAACUCCUUUCUCCGGACGGAACUUCAUUUGGUUCUCAUUUCUCACUCAGAUCUGACAGGUGCCGUUUCUUUACCUUUUCAGCUCAGAUCUAGCUUAUUUGAAUCCGACGCUUGUUAUCGUCGCCGGCACCCAUCUUAAAAAAGAAAAAGAAAAAAAUGGAUAAUUUGAUUUCUCUGGUGAACAAGAUUCAAAGAGCUUGCACUGCUCUUGGUGAUCAUGGAGAGGCAAGCGCCUUGCCUACUCUUUGGGAUUCCUUACCGGCGAUCGCCGUCGUUGGUGGUCAGAGUUCAGGGAAAUCUUCGGUGUUGGAAAGCGUUGUCGGCAAGGAUUUUUUACCUCGUGGAUCCGGUAUUGUUACUCGUAGACCUCUGGUGUUACAGCUUCAUAAGAGUGAUGAAGGAACCAGAGAAUAUGCUGAGUUUCUUCACCUUCCUAGAAAAAGAUUUACCGAUUUUGCUGCUGUUAGGAAGGAGAUUCAAGAUGAGACGGAUAGAGAAACUGGGCGAACUAAACAAAUAUCUAGUGUUCCAAUUCAUCUUAGUAUAUUUUCUCCCAACGUUGUCAAUUUGACUCUGGUUGACCUUCCUGGUCUGACGAAGGUAGCUGUUGAGGGUCAACCUGAAAGCAUUGUACAAGAUAUCGAGAAUAUGGUUCGCUCCUACAUUGAGAAGCCCAACUGUAUAAUAUUGGCAAUUUCACCUGCUAAUCAAGAUCUGGCUACGUCAGAUGCAAUUAAAAUUUCACGUGAGGUGGACCCUACAGGGGAGAGGACUUUGGGUGUCUUGACAAAGAUUGAUCUGAUGGAUAAGGGCACUAAUGCAGUUGAUAUACUGGAAGGAAAAUCUUAUCGGCUGAAAUUUCCUUGGGUUGGUGUUGUGAAUCGCUCACAAGCAGAUAUUAAUAAGAACGUUGACAUGAUUGCUGCUCGGCGUAGAGAGCGCGAAUAUUUUGCUAGUACCCCUGAGUAUAGGCACCUUGCUCACAGAAUGGGAUCUGAGCAUCUCGCUAAGAUGCUCUCAAAGCAUUUGGAAACUGUAAUCAAGUCCAGAAUUCCAGGCAUUCAGUCCCUUAUUAGUAAAACAAUUGUUGAACUUGAAACUGAAUUGAGUCGUCUCGGAAGGCCUAUUGCUGCUGAUGCAGGCGGAAAGUUGUACUCAAUCAUGGAGAUAUGCCGUCUUUUUGACCAAAACUUCCGAGAACAUCUGGAUGGCGUGCGUUCUGGUGGUGAUAAGGUUUACAAUGUUUUUGACAACCAACUUCCUGCUGCUUUGAAAAGGUUGCAAUUUGACAGGCAACUAUCUAUGGAGAAUAUUAAGAAGCUCAUUACUGAAGCUGAUGGUUAUCAACCACAUUUAAUAGCUCCCGAACAAGGAUAUCGUCGUUUGAUUGAAUCUACUCUAGUUACUAUCCGAGGUCCGGCGGAGGCUGCGGUUGAUGCGGUUCAUUCCAUUUUGAAGGAUCUGGUUCACAAGGCUAUCAGUGAGACUCCAGAAUUAAAGCAGUACCCUGGUCUCCGAGUAGAGGUUGGAAAUGCUGCAAUCGAGUCUCUUGACAGAAUGAGGGAUCAGAGCAAGAAAGCAGCGCUUCAACUGGUUGAUAUGGAAUGUUGUUACCUUACAGUUGAAUUCUUCCGAAAGCUUCCUCAAGAUGUCGAGAAAGGUGGCAACCCUACGCAAUCAAUAUUUGACAGAUAUCAUGAAACAUACCUGAGGAGAAUAGGAACAACUGUUUUGUCCUAUGUUAACAUGGUUUGCGCCACUUUGCGCCACUCGAUUCCAAAGUCCAUUGUUUACUGUCAAGUCCGUGAAGCUAAAAGAAGCCUGCUUGACUUCUUCUACACUGAGUUGGGUAAACUGGAGCAAAAACGAUUGUCGGCAUUGUUGAAUGAGGAUCCAGCAGUCAUGGAGCGACGCAGUGCUCUCGCAAAGAGGCUGGAAUUAUACCGUAGUGCUCAAGCAGAAAUUGAUACAGUUGCUUGGUCCAAGUAGGGUGGCGAAAUUGUUUUUGAUUGGGCAGGCAAAACAUAAUUCAUUCUUUCAUUUAUGAUAUGUAUGAGCAGGGAGUCGUCACCUAGGGGAGGGUUGUUUUUUUUUCUUCUUUUUUAAUGUAUUUCAUUUCUUAACGGCAGUUAAAUGUAGUCAUAGUUUUACCAUCAUCAUUGUGAGAGCAAUAUCAUUUGUUGCGUAUGCUACAUUUUUAUGAAAAUAUAUAAUAUAGAAAUGUUUGCUAA